UCGGCGGGGUGGCGCGUACCCAGAUUGGACGCAUGACGGCCGCUCUCAGGUCCUACGUCUAGCACGGGAUCCCUUUUCGGAUUUGGGGGGAGGACUGCGGCGAGCCGGAGGCAGUGGGUCAGGCUCUGCUCAUGGCGAUUCCAGCUGCGGAGGCGCCGGCGCUCGACUCUGGAUCGACGUCGACUGCCAACGAUUCAGCAGCGUGCUUGGGGGCUUCCGUUACGGCCGGUGGCGGCGCCGCGGCGGCCGCGUCAGGAGUAGGCUCGCCGGAAUCGGUCGUCCGCCCGUUCUCUCCUGAUACGCGUCGGUCGGAUGAGGGUGGGGCACAGCCGGCGGCAGAGAAGGCUUUAUUUGAUGUUGAGUUCUCCGGGGGAUCCUGCACCAUGUUCAGCUCGGGCGGUGGCGAUGUGGCUGUCGGACACGCCCAUGGCGCGGCGCCGCCCGUCGUCUCGCGCGGCUCGAUUCAGUCCUUACCCCACAGUGCGCAAGCAUCCACAAACACCACCAUCCGAGUUGGCUGGAAGCGCAGGCCAAGAGGGCCGCAAGCACCAAACGAGCGGGCGGCGGUGGUUGAUCGUGUGCCGGCACUUGAAGCUGCCAUACGAGGGUUCGCUGACAGGGGGACUGAUGUGGUUGUCAACCCGGCGCUUGGCACAAUUUUCGAUUCUAUGCCGGAGGCGUAUGAAUUCUACAAUCUUAUUCUCGUCGCUGGUUAAUUUCCCUGGUUAAUUUUCAUUGACAAAAGAG